AGUGGAAGCUUUGUUUUUUUUAUAAUCUCUUUUUUCGUCAAAACGACACGUUCUAAGAUCAGACUCUCUCUCUCUCUCUCUCUCUCUCUCGUUUUCACUCGGAAUCUGAGAGCUAUGGCGAAUCGGCCUAGGAACUCGUUGCCAGCUUUUCUCCUGUUCUUCUUCUUCUUCUCGGCUUCAUGGACCACCAUCUCCAGCUCAGAAGGACCUUUCAUCGUCGCCCACAAGAAGGCAACCUCUACAAGGCUCAAAUCAGGCACCGAACGAGUCACCGUCACCAUCGACAUCUACAAUCAAGGAUCUGCGACUGCUUAUGAUUUGAGUCUUAGUGAUGGUAGCUGGCCCGAAGAUGUGUUUGACAUUGUUGCUGGUAACACAUCCAUGUCAUGGGAACGUCUUGAUGUAGGUGGUUCUCUAUCACAUUCUUUUGAAUUGGAGGCCAAAACUAAAACAUUGUUUUAUGGUGCACCGGCAAUCAUAACAUUUCGCAUCCCCACCAAGGCUGCUCUACAGGAGGCGUAUUCAACCCCAAUUGUGCCUCUUGACUUGCUAGCAGAGAGGCCCCCUGAGAGAAAGUUUGACUUGGCCAAGAGGCUUUUGGCAAAAUAUGGUCAGUUGGCUUCGGUGAUAACCAUUGUGGCUGUGUUUGUGUACCUGGUUUCAACCCCAUCCAGAUCUGGUGCUGCGGCAAAGAAGAAGCGCUAAACAGUGUAUUGGGGUUGACCUGGGGUGGAGUCAACGCACUUGGGAGUUGGGUACAUCCAGAAUGAAUCUAAUGCACCGAUUUGCGUCUCCUUCUAGUUAGAUAGAGAGGUUGUAAUUCACCAGUUAAAAGUUUUACUUCUCAACUUGUAGAACAACCAAAGCAUUUUGGGCAUCAGACUUUUCUCUGUUCCGUACUCCAAUGUUUUGUGUUUCUCAUCUUAUUUAACAUCUGUGUGACUAUUGCCUCAAAUAGACAAAUAGACAUGUGUGUAAUUUAUAAGCAUCCGAGACAUUGAUGUCCAUUGAGCCAGAAGAUUGGUUUUGAAUAGGUCGAGUGUUGUAGACUUGUACCAAGU